CCCACAUCUCAGCUCUCGUCUUCUCGGCGCAACUUUCCCAUCCCGUUUUGAUUUUCGGCUACACGGCCUUUCUGUUCUUCUGGGGAGGACAGUAUGCGAGAAUCCCCCAAUGUGAUAAUUACUGGCACACCCGGAGUGGGGAAGACUGUCCACUGUGAGCAACUUGCGCAAGAGACCGGGUUGCGGCACCUGUCGAUCAAUCGCAUAGCGAAAGAGCGUGACUGCUUUGAGUCUUUUGAUCAGAAACUGGAAAGUUGGGUUGUGGAUGAGGAUAAGCUCCUGGAUGCCAUUGAGGACGAAGUCCUUCAAGGUGGCUAUCUAAUAGACUGGCAUGCGUGUGAGCUCUUUCCCAAAUCUUGGAUUGAUCUGGUUGUGGUUCUCCGAUGUCCUUCUACGUCCAUACUCUACGACCGCCUCUCAGCAAGGGGCUAUCAUGAAACGAAAUUACAGGAAAACCUGGAUGCAGAGAUAUUCGGUGUUCUAGCUGAAGAAGCCCGCGAGGCCUUUGAUGAAGAGGCCGUGGUCGAACUGAAUAGCGAACACGAUGGCGAUGUAGAGAACAAUUGUGCAAGGAUCUCGGCUUGGAUAGAGGCGUGGCAGAAGAACCGGUCAGAAAGUACGGAUUGA